AUGGACAACAACAUAACCCUCUCACGACUGGACACGAUGGACGUGGAUUGUGUUGUGAAGGAUCCGCCUGAAUCGGGUUCAACAUUAAACGACCAAAAUGAUAUGAGCCGCAUGGGCAAGGUUCAAGAAUUCAAGGUAUCUCUCAAAUCGAAAGUUGUGGAGUCUUUCAUUGACAAUAUUGAAGCGCAACUUUCGCCCGUUAGCAGCAUUAAGCUUCUCGGCUGUUUUGCAGGCCACGUGGGAGUUUAUUUUAAUGGCCUUCAGAAUGGUGGUUUCGCUGGCCUAUUUUGGUCGUUCGUGUGGACCUUCUUUGGAUUUGGAUUUAUCAUUGUCAGCCUUGCUGAGAUGGCAUCGAUGGCUCCAACAUCUGGCGGGCAGUACCAUUGGGUGUCAGAAUUUGCUCCAGCUCGUCAUCAAAAGUUCUUGAGCUAUACCACAGGAUGGAUGUCAGUUUUGGCCUGGCAAGCAGGGGCAGCCAGCGGCUCCUUUCUUACGGGGACGAUUAUUCAAGGCCUAAUCAGCAUUCGAGACCCAAGCUACAAACCGCAGAAUUGGCAGGGAACUUUGUUUGUGUUUGCAAUGAUUGCGAUUAUCUACUUCUUCAACGUUCAUGCCGCGAAUUGGAUACCCAGGAUACAGAAUUUGCUCCUGGCUCUACAUCUCAUGUCCUGGGUAAUCGUUGUUGUUGUUCUGUUUGUCAUGACUCCUCAGCAGCCAGCCAAAGUCGUCUUCACUGAGUUUUAUAACGGUGGUUCCGAUGCGACCGCACACAUGUCCGAAGAGGUGAAAGAUGCCGGUCGCUAUGUGCCGAUUGCGAUCGCGUGGGGAUAUUUCGGAAAUGGAAUUUUGGCGAUCAUUGUUCUCGUCGGACUAUUACUAUCAAUACCAUCGGUUCCAGCGGCUCUCAAAGAUAGCUCCGGCUUUCCAUUCCUUUAUGUGUUUCGGAAUACGCUGUCACUUGCUGGAGUUAAUGGAUUGGCUUCCACAAUACUGAUCCCGGUUAUCUUUAGCAAUAUCCUAUUCAACGCCUCAACUGCCAGACAAACACAUGCCUUUGCUCGAGAUAAAGGACUGCCAUUCGCAGAAUGGAUAUCCCAUGUUGAUCGUCGUCGUCGUAUCCCGGUCAGGGCGAUCUUUCUCUCGUGUCUGAUAAGUGGCUUGUUAUCCGUGAUUAAUAUCGGCUCCACUGUCGCGUUCAAUGCGAUCAUAUCCCUUAAUGUGGCAGCGCUAAUGUACACAUACGCAAUUUCUAUCAGCUGUGUGAUUUAUCGAAAGAUUCACUGUCCUGAGACACUACCUCCACGCCGCUGGUCAAUGGGUAGGCUUGGACUCUCAAUCAAUAUCAUAGGGUUGGUCUACGUAUGCUUCGCUCUAUUUUGGUCAUUCUGGCCGCCGACUCCGUCCGUGACGGCCGAAGACUUCAAUUGGAGCGUGGUUAUUUUCGUGGGGAUCUUCAUUCUGAGCUUGAUGGUGUAUGCAUUUCAAGGACGAUACCAAUAUGUCGGGCCAGUUGUCAUUGUACAGCGACGGGAAUAA